GUCCAAUCAAGCCGCAGUGACGCAUUAUCAGCCAAUCAGUGCAGACUCAGUUUCUGAUAGACAGUUUUGACUAGCGAAUCAGUAGUGCUCCUUUUAAGGGCGGGUCUUAAUGUUCAGGAAAUGGUGUCCAAGUCUUCUGCAUGAUAAGCUAGAGAGGAGGAUGGAUGCCACUCAGCAGAUCGAAGAUCCCUUCUCUGAAGAAGAAGAAGAAGAAGAACAGGAAGAGGAGGAGAAAGGAGCACCAGAAAGAGAGCAAUUAGCAACACUAAAGGUGUUCAAAAAUGACCACAUACCAGAGACAGAAUUCCCUCUCUACAUUGGAGAGAAUGUCAUCGGUCGCGAUCCUGCUGCCUGUUCUGUUCUGCUUCCGACCCGAUCUGUUUCCAAUCGGCAUGCUGUCAUCUCCAUCUCAGUAUUCCGCUCUAGCAGCGAUCGUUUCGGUAACGGUGAUGAUGUAGAAGCACUUUUAUGGGACAUGGGCAGUUUGAAUGGAACCAGGAAAGGCAGAUUCAAGCUGACGCCUCAGGUCCGAUACGCUUUGACCGAGGGUGAGAGUGUGGUGCUCGCUGAUGUGCCAUGUCAAUACACUGGCCUGAAGAUCUCAAAGAAAGAUACACGCAUAACUCCAGAGAAAGAAGGUGUGUCCAAAAUGGAGAAAAAAAUAAGUCCAGCUUUAUCAAGUAGUGACUCGGAAGGUGUGCAAAACAGGUUGAAGGUGAAAGAGAGGAUCAUUUUGCCUCCUGUGCCUUUAUGGAGCCCUGAAGAUGAACAACCCAAAAUGAGUUCACCACAGUCUGAGAUCACCCUGGUGCCUGAAUCGGACUCAGAUGGAGAGAGUGCGCCAGAUGAGAGGAAAGAUUUUGUCUCAGACUCGGCGUCUUCCUCUCAUCUGUGUAGCUCCACAAAUUCAUCAUUCCUGACCCCUGCAAAAAAAGUCAUUCCAGAGAGUGAGGAUGAAAGUUUCAUCACUCCGUCUUUAGCCUCAAUAGAGCGGUUCAGACUGAGGCAAAACCCUGAUGAGCCUUGUUCAGUGUCAUCUAAGCCUGGCCCUCUAGUCCUAAAUCUGGACGGUGACGUUGAUUCUGAAGAAAAGAACCUGGAGAAAAGCAAGCCUGAAGAAGAGGCUCAGCCUGAAUUAGCUGCAAAGGUGGAACCAGUAUCUUCAUCUGAAUUUCAUAUGGACAGUGAUACUGAUGUUGAGGAAGAGGAACUGGAGACAAGUAAGGCCGGACCAGAGGCGCAAGAAGCAGAAACUCUCGAGAAAUCUAUAUCUUCAGUUGGGCUUCAUAUGGACAGUGAUACUGAUGUUGAAGAAGAGGAAGAGAAAAAUAAAACUAAAACAGAGGCUCAGAUUGAACAAGCACCAAAGGUGGGACCAGCAUCUUCAGCUGACCUUCACAUGGACAGUGAUACUGAUGUUGAGGAAGAGGAACCAGAAGCAAGUAAGACUGAACCACAGGCUCAAGAAGCAGAAACUCUUGAUAAAUCUGUCUCUUCAGUUGGACUUCAUAUGGACAGUGAUACUGAUGCUGAAGAAGAUGAGGAAGAGAAAAGCAAGACUAAACCCAAGUCUCACACUGAAGAAGCUCCAAAGGUGACAUCAGAUCUUCAUAUGGACAGUGAUACUGAUGUUGAGGAGAAUGAGGGCUCUGUAACUGAAAAGGUCUCCAAAAAGGAAGCCGUUACAGAAAGUCCUCCAUCAGCAGCAGCACCACAUACAGAAUUUCACAUGGACAGUGACACUGAUGUUGAAGAUGAUAAUCCCAAGAAGGUGUCAGUUGCAACAGAGGUCUCGCAUGCCAUUGGAGAGGGAAGUGAUGUCAGGCCUACAUCAGCUCCAGAGACAGAGCUCCACAUGGACAGUGACACAGAUGUAGAUGAAGAGAAUGAGGGCAAGGAAAAGGUGAAGGCCAGAAGUCUGUCAAACAGUGAAACGGAUGAUGAGGAUCCUUUUAAACUUUUACCAGGCAAACCUGUGAAGGCCGCACAGAGUCACAAGCUUUCUCUAGGUAGCAAAGCAGAGCAAUCAGAAGAGAGCACCUGUAAAAAGCAAGACCAUCAUUCUCAAGCAAAACCUAAUCUUGAGGAACCAACCCAAGCUUUUGGCCACUUAGAAGAAGAGUGGGAUUUACUGGCCACGCAAGCAUACGGACCUGCUGGAACCAGUGCUAGGCUCAAGCCAAAGCAGCUUGAUCUUGAGGCUACACAGGCAUAUGGAACAGAGACAGACUGGGAGCCUCUGAACCAUACCCAACCCUACUCCAACUUCUCAACUGCUGAAACUCAGCUCAUUCCAGUAGCAAAGCCUGAUGAUGACAAGGAGGAAGAUAAAGAGACACAAAAUGACUCUCACCUUUCCACAGCAGAUACUCUGAUCAUAGCCAGCACCCCAAAACGGGAGGAACAGACGCAGCCGUUUUCUCUCUUCACAGCCCAAACACAACUUGUCUGGGAGGGAGAAGACAAAGAGGUUUAUCAGAAUGAGCCCACCCAGCUCAUGACCGACACCAUUGAAGAAACUGAAGAGGGUGAGGAGGAGAACAUGGAACGAGGUAGGAGAAACUGUGGUGGAGAGACAGUACACAAAGGCAAAAACACCAGCUCCAGUUUUAUAAUUGCUGAAACUCAGCCCAUGUGUGAGGAAGAAGAGGCAACAGAUGCAGAUCUGAGUGGGGAUGGCUUUCAGAAACCAAGUACAAGACAACAGGCUGAGAAAUAUGAUUCUGUACAUCUUGCUGAAAACAACUUCAGCUCCCAUCUCGCUAUAGCUGAAACGCAACCGAUGUGUGAGGAGGACGAUGCACCAGAUCAGGAUAAAGUGGUCAGCAGUAGUUUUAUAGAGAAACCUUCCAGUUACCAUGUCACCAUCGCAGAAACGCAGCCAAUGUUUGUGGACGACGAAGCACCAGAGGAUGAUGUGAACAAUGACGUCAGGAAACGACAAACUGAGGGUGAGCCUGAACAUCAUAUUGAGAAAGCCUCUACCUCCAAUCGUACCAUCCCUGAAACACAGUCUGUCGGUGGAAAUGAUGAAGAACAAGAGGAAGAGCUCAGCAGAAAGAUGUCCAUCAGAAAAUCACACAGGUUUAGACCAAAAAAAGAGAAGGAAGUCCCACUACCUAUAACAGAAACACAACCAAAGUGUGAGGAAGAACAAGCUGAGGAUCUGAAAAGUGAGGUUAGCUCUGGGAGACAACAAGCAACAAGAUCUCCAGAACAUGCUAAAUCGGACUUGACAGCAUGUAUCACUGUUGCUGAAACGCAACCUAUGUGUGAAGAAGAGGUACCAUGUGAAGAUCUGAUUAAUGCAGUUAGCACCAGACAGAUAGAUGCAGACAAAUCCACAGAACCCCCAAUACCCUCAAGCUCCCAUAUCAGCGUGGAUGAAACCGAGUCUGUGCAUAAGGAAGAUGAAGGACAGGAAAAAGACCUCAGCAGCAAGAUGGCAAACAGACGUUCACGCAGGGGAAGACCAAAGAAAGACGAUGAGGUAACACAAACUGCUGAGGCUGUUCAUCAGACUAUCACAGAAACCCAACCAAUUCCUCAAGAAGUGAUUGAAAGGGAUGAAGAUAUGAACAGCGGAGUGAAAGCCAGGAGGUCCCGCAGAGGAAGGCAGAUAAAAGAAGACUGCAUUCCAAAUCCUGCUGAAGCUGCCGUCAGCUCCAUUUCUAUUAACACGGAAAUGCAGCCUGUUCAUGAGGACAGAACUGAAAGGGAUGAAGAUCUGAGUGGCAGCAGAUCCAAAAGACCCCGCAGAGGAAGACAAAAAGAUGAAGGUGAACCUGCACAGUCUGCUGAACCAAACUCUGAUCUCAGUGUGGUUGAAACACAGCCAAUGGUUGAGGAGAACGUCCAAGAAGAACCUACUGUCAGAAGCAGCAGAAGACAGAGGAAAGACAAGACAGAAGUAAAGGAGAACACCCAAGAAGAACCUAGUGUCAGAAGCAGCAGAAGACAGAGGAAAGACAAGACCGAGGUGGACAGUGAGACAACUCUAUCUAACAAAGUCCAAGGUAAAACUAGAAAAGGGCAGGAAGGAAAAAGAAAGAGAGGGAAAGUGUUGUCUGAGGACGAGGAAGAGAGUGUAGAAGAAAAAACCACAAGGAGAGGAACCAGACGGACAGGUAUAAAACUGAAGUGUAGUGAAAAGGAAGAAGAGGAAAAAUUGGAGGAGAGGAAUGCCCAAGAAGAGGAGAGGAUGGAGAAAGAGCUUAAAGAACGAGAGGAGACAGAGAGGUUAGAGACGGAAGAAAAGGAGAUACUGGAGUACGGGAGAAAGGAACAAGAAGAACCUGAACAGAGAAAGAGGGCUGAAUCUGAAAUGAGACAAAAACUAGAAAGGGAGCAGAAGGAACUAGAGGAAAAAGAACGACUGAAAAGGGAAGAAGAGGAAAAAAUUAGAAUUCAGCGGGAAAAAGAUAAUUUAGAAAAAGAAGAGAGGGAGAGGUUGGAAAGGGAGAGGAGAGAACUAGAAGAACAAAGACGAAAAGAAGAAGAGGAAAGGAUUCAGAGGGAAAAAGAGGAAAAUGAACGAUUAGAAAAAAAAGAGAAAGAGAGGUUGGAGAGGGAGAGGAAAGAAGAAGAAAGAAUUCAGAGGGAGAAAGAAGAGAAGGAAAGGUUGGAGAGGGAGAAGAGAGAACUAGAAGAACAAAGACAAAAGGAAGAAGAGGAAAGAAUUCAAAAGGAGAAGGAAAGAUUAGAGGCGGAAAGAGAACAAUUAGAAAAGAAAAGACAAGAAAAUGAGGAAAUUCAGAUGAGAGAAAAAGAGCCAAAAAAGACGAAGGAGAGAAACCAUAAGAAACUAAAGAAUGAGGAGGACAAGACAGAACUAGAAGCUCCUCAAGUUGCUCUAUCCAGACAAACACGCCGCUGCUCAAGUUCCUCUAUGAACUCGGAGCAGUCUGUAUCCUCACAACAAGAGGUGUCCAGCCAGAGGGGACGAGGGCGAGGCAGGGGACGAGGCCGAGGGAAACAGACCGCUGAUGAGCAACCCAUCAGUGCUAGACAGUCUAGCAGGAGAGGACCAGCUAGUGCAGUUGAAGACACAGAGCAGGACUCCAAUUCAACAACCCGUUCCCGAUCCCGCUCCAGUUCUAGAAGUUCUGAAAGAUCUGCUCAGAGUAUCGGACCUUCGAACCAAGGGGCGAGAGGAAGAGGCAGAGGUAGGAAGAGUACAAAACUACCAGAACCGGAAGAAGUUUCCCAAGCAAAAACUUCUGGGAAAGGCAGGGGAAGAGGAGGAAGGCGUUCUGGUGUGGAGAAUUUAAAUGUCGGAAUGGACAAUCAGCGUGAGCAAGAUGCUGAGAUGGUGGAAACCAACACUGCUGUACCCCAAACCAACAGCAGAGGUCGUAAGAGAACAGCCAACGCUAGCACGUCCCCUGAAGAGGCUCCUUCACCCACACCCAAGACUCCAAGGCGAUCCGUGACUAGUCAGGCGCACAAGGUGUUAUUCACUGGGCUGACAGAUGAGGACGGAGAAAGAGUGGUCUCCCGGUUAGGUGGAUGUUUGGCAAAGGGAGUGAACGAUAUGACUCACCUGGUAACUGAUAAAGCGAGACGCACUGUGAAGUUUUUGUGUGCUGUUGCCAGAGGGGUGCCAAUCGUGACUCCUGAAUGGCUAAAGAAGUGUGGAAAAGCUGGCCAUUUCCUUUCUACUGAUGAAUAUAUAUUGAAAGAUACCGAGCAGGAGAAAAAGUUUAGUUUCAGCCUACAGACGUCACUGCAAACUGCUCAAACUCAACCCCUUUUAAAGGGUUAUGAGAUUCACGUAACCCCUUCUGUGAUGCCGGAACCGUCUCAAAUGAAAGAAAUCAUCACCUGUUGUGGAGCACGCUUCCUCCCCAAAAUGCCCUCUGCUCACAAGGGACACACUGUGGUGGUGUCAUGUGAGCAGGACAGGGCGCUUUGUGUUAAGGCAGUGAGUAUGUCAUUGCCCGUGGUCAGCACAGAGUUCCUAUUGACUGGCAUUCUGCAGCAGAGAGUUGACCUGCAGGCCUAUUCUCUCACUUCCUCUCUCAACACGUCCAAUCAGCCUGCAGACCCCAAAGCUGCUGCCAGGGGCCGAAGGAAGUAGUGUCAAUGACAUAUGAAAUGACUUCUUGUGUAAUACAAUUUUUCUGGUCUGUGAUAUCACUUGAUAAAUGCAUGUUUCAGUACAGAUUGCUUAAGAUGAAUAUGUGACACAUUAUAUAUUAGUUUUAUGAAGACAGUAAUGGGUUAGAUGAGAUGCUGCUACACUUGUAACCACACACCCACUGAUUGCUGUGAAUGUGAGAGCUGGAGAGAGUGUGAGGUGGAUGUUAAUGAAUGAUGAGUCCUAGUGAUGGGAGAAUGAGCUCCUUUCAUUUUUUAACGUAUAACUUCAAUAAACGCUUUCAGAGCCAAAAUAAAGAAA